AUUAUAUUGUCUAGCCGGCUUUUAAGUACAGCAAAAAAAAAAAGGAAGACGACGCACACGGAAUCCGCUGCUACAAAUCUUGUUCGAAGCUUCCAUACUCGAUCUCGUCUCAUUCAGUCUCAGAUAAGGUUUCUCGUGGUUUGACAAGAAAUGGCGGAGGAGAAGUCUAUGAUUGCUAAGGAUGUGACUGAAUUGAUUGGUAAGACACCAUUGGUGUAUCUUAACCAUGUUGUGGAUGGUUGUGUGGCUCGAGUUGCUGCCAAGUUGGAGAUGAUGGAACCCUGCUCUAGUGUCAAGGACAGGAUUGGAUAUAGUAUGAUUCGAGAUGCGGAGGAGAAAGGUCUCAUUAACCCUGGUGAGAGUGUCCUCAUUGAGCCUACAAGUGGUAAUACUGGCAUUGGGUUGGCAUUUAUGGCAGCUGCUAAGGGUUAUAAACUUAUAAUUACCAUGCCUGCUUCUAUGAGUCUUGAGAGAAGAAUGGUUCUCCGUGCUUUUGGAGCUGAGCUGGUUCUCACAGAUCCAGCCAGGGGGAUGAAGGGGGCUGUUCAAAAGGCGGAAGAGAUUUGUGCAAAGACACCUAAUGCUUAUAUUCUGCAGCAAUUUGAAAACCCUGCCAACCCAAAGGUUCACUAUGAGACUACAGGACCGGAGAUCUGGAAUGUUUCAGGAGGGAAAGUCGACGCUCUUGUUUCUGGAAUAGGAACUGGGGGUACAGUCACAGGUGCAGGGAAAUAUCUUAAGGAGCAAAACCUCAAUAUUAAGCUCUAUGGUGUGGAACCAGUUGAGAGUGCAGUUUUGUCUGGCGGAAAGCCUGGUCCACACAAGAUCCAAGGAAUUGGAGCUGGGUUCAUCCCUGGAGUUUUGGAUGUCAAUUUACUUGAUGAAGUUGUUCAAAUAUCAAGUGACGAAUCAAUAGAAAUGGCCAAGCUUCUUGCACUGAAAGAAGGAUUGCUGGUUGGGAUUUCUUCUGGUGCUGCUGCAGCUGCUGCAAUUAAGUUGGCAAAGAGGCCUGAAAAUGCAGGAAAGCUGAUUAUUGCGGUCUUCCCCAGUUUCGGAGAGCGAUAUUUGUCCUCUGUGUUGUUUCAAGAUGUGAAGAAGGAAGCAGAGAAUAUGCUUUUCGAGCCUUGAGGAGGAGUUAGCUUUGGUGGAGCAUAAAUUUCAUGCUGACUUGAUAGUUGAUAUUGUGGUGGAUUGGUCUCAGAACUGGAAUUCAUUAUUUUUAGGAUAAAUAAAGAUCCAUACACAACGGCUUUACAAAAGUGCGUUGAUAGUAUGCUACAUAUUUAAGAGCUUCUUGUGAACUACUGUGCCAUUGUUUGUUUCAACUAUUUUUAUAGUGUGAGAGAGAUCCCUUGCAAACACAUCACAUUGUUAUCUGUCAA